AUGCCAAAUUGGCCACCACCAAAUCCUGAAAUACAAUAUUUGUUGCGCAAGCUUUCAAAUGGAUCUGUUGGUCAUCCCCUGGGUCCUCUUUGGCAAGCUUUUGACCCAAUUAAGACUGAUGAUAAAAAACCUAAAGCUCACUGCAUAUUUUGUAACCACAACAAGUCUAUAUCUACUUACCUUAUUAAUGCUCAUAACUGUCAACAAAAGUUAGUUCCAAUUAUUGAACGUAAUCAGCAUCAAGAUAAUUCUUAUUCAUCAGAUGGAUCAAUUGUACCUUUUAUGUCAGUUUCGAAUUGUGAUUCUGUUUCAACUUUUUCUGAUAAUAAUAUGAGUGAAAACAAUGAUGUUUUUAAAAAUACAAAAGGUGAAGCAUCUCUUUUACUUGUAGAUGCAUGCAAAUUUAAAGAAUUUGUUUAUUCUAUAAAUAACUGGUAUCAUGUUCCUGCAAGAAAACAACUUUUUACAAAUAUUCUCAAUGAUGUUUAUAAAAAUAUUCAAAUCUCAAUUCAACAAUUUAUUAAUAUGUCUAAUUGGAUUACUAUCAUGACAGAUGGAUGGACAAAUAUUUGA